AUGUGUCAAUAUGAAAUUAUUUAUUAUCAUUCAAAUCAUUCAUCUUUAAAUGAAAUUUUUGAUGAUUAUUAUCAGUUAUAUGAAUAUGACCCUACUAAUUUGACCUGUUAUACUCAUUUACAAUGUAAUCGUGGUCCGUUUCCAGCAUGUUUAGAUUGGAGUGAAAUAUGUGAUGGACAAGUGGAUUGUAUCGAUGAUAACUUUGAUGAAGAAUAUUGUUGGCAACUUGAAAUAAAUGAAUGUAAUGAUAAUGAAUAUCGAUGUACUAAUGGACAAUGUAUACCACGAUCGUUUUUUCGAGAUGAUGAUAAUACUCCUGAUUGUCUUGAUGGUUCUGAUGAAGUUCUAAACUAUGCUAGGACAGUUAAAUCAAGCAUGUAUCAAUGUAUAAAUUCAGUCAAAUGUAUUUCAGUAAAUUGCCUGAUGAAUGCUUGGCACGAUUGUCCUUACGGAGAUGACGAAAACCUAACGCAAAUCAUUCACGCUAACUUAACAGAACUUUUAAAAAAUCAUUUCAAAUGUGAAAUAACAAACACGUACAUAGAUCAAUCGCUUGUCCAAGAUGGAUAUUGCGAUUGCUCAUUUGAAGAUGAAGAUUGGUGUGAAGAUGAAGAUUUGAAUAUGUACUAUAUUAGAAAUAAUAUUUCAUUUCCAACUAUUUGUGAUGGAUUUAUUGAACUAACUCCAAUAACUAUCGACGGAAAAAAUGAAACAGAUGAAACUGAAUGUGAACAAUGGUCAUGCAAUAAUAUUUAUACUCGUUGUGAUGGCCUAUGGAAUUGUCUACGUGGUGAAGACGAAAUUGGUUGUGAUGCAUCUUCAACAUUAAAUUGCUUUUCAAAUCAUCACAAAUGUGUUUCACCUGAGACAAAUCAACUUAUAUGUCUAUCUAUUGACAAAGCAAAUGAUGGUAAGAUCGAUUGUCUUGGCGCCACUGAUGAGCCAACAUUAUGUCAAAGGAACUAUAAAGCAAAAGUUAACGAAAAUUUCUACUGCAUGAAAAAUAACCAAAAAGCAUGUAUUUCUUCUGUAGUGCUAUGUAAUGAUCACAUAUAUUGUGAUUAUGAUGAUGAUGAAAAAUUUUGUGUAAACUAUCGCUCAAAUAUUUCUUCUGAUGAGAAUACUUUUGAUUCAUAUUCUUGUAUUACUCGUUCUGAUGUUGAGUAA